CUGCUGCACGCUGUCAAACAACUAGCGUUCCUCUCGGUGACGAACCCGAGGAAGAAGCAACCACGAAGAGUCACCGAGGGAGAGGUUCGUCGUUCAGUCGGGGAGCCCUAACGACGGCAACAUUUCCAUUAGGUGCCGGGCUCGACUCUCUGAAUCGAGUCAAGAGGGAAUGCGAUUUCGUUGGGUGCCGGGCUGGUUGCCAAGCCAAAAGGCCUGACUGGUUCGCCGGCUUCUUGUGCUAGAAGAGUAAUCGAGAGCCAUUCACACCACAAGCGAACCGCCACGCGAAUCGAUGUCUGCCCCGCCGCUUAAUUCCGCCGGCGGAUACAACCUCGAGUUCCACGCUCCUUCCGACGACGCCUGGUACAGCGUCCGCGCGAUUUUCAAUGGGAAAAAGAAGGAGUUGACGGUGAAGUUCGAGAACUUCGGCGACGGAGAAGACUUGGUUUUCAAGCCGGACAGGUUUGUCACUGCCUGUGACCUCGAGGAGUUCGAAGCUCGAUUCAGGCCUGUUUCUCAUCAGCUGCAAGACUGGGAGUGCCGGGAGGCUAAGAAAGGAAUGCUGGUCUGCGUUUCUCACUCCGCCGACGGCUUGGACAACCGCUUCUACGACGCCACCAUUGAAGAGGUGAUUCAUAAAGAUCAUUCGGUUGUCAAUGGAGAAGAAGUGUGUUCAUGUGCAUUUGUGGUUGUUUGGAAACAUGGUCCAGCUAAACAUCUGCUGCACAGGAAGAAGAUCGAAAGCAUUUGCAUUGUUCAAUCUGUUUCAGAGCUUGAUCCUGCGGUAGCCAGUUUCUUGGAGGUAGCUAGACAGGAGAUUGAAGGUGGUGCUUGUUUCAAAGCUCCUCCUUUUUCCACCCAUGAAUUUUCUCCUGGGGAAAGAAAGGGAAGCCAGAGGUCUGCUAGUGGAAUGUGGUUCAUGCAAGGUGAUGACGAAUUCAAGGUUGGAACUCAAGAAGGGCUGGAUGUUGGUGAACUCCCAUUGCUAGAAACUAGCGAUGAUGAUGAUCCUCAUAUGGGAGGGCGCUAUGCUCUCCUUGUUGACAAUCUGGAGAAAGGAAUAUCCCCUUCAGAAAUAGUGCAAUUUAUACACAGGGAAACAUCAGUUCUUGUUGAAGCACAUAUUUCCUCAAGUUUCUUUUAUGAAACAUGUACAAAGGCUGCAAUCGUGGUGGACUCUAAGCGAAACUUUCAUGAAGUGUGCAACUUACUAGAUAGUCCUGAUCAUUUGGUGAUCUCUCAAACCGGGAGGUAACAUGAGAUGCCCUUGGUGAUAACUGAGAAGAGUUUGCCACUUAGUACGUAUAGGAUAACAACCCAGACGAAUUACACACAGGUAAGUUAUCAGUUGGGAAUAGGCGCUCACUAUGAGUUUGCAAAGUGUAAGUGAUGCUUGGCCUCGCUGCUCUGAAGUUUUGGUGGGUCUAACCCCUUUGGAAGUGUUUUUCUUUGCAUCUUACUUUAUACCUUUUCCUUGAGUAGGAACUUGAACAGUGUCGGUAGUGACGAUUUUGUAAGUUUGCAUAUUGGCAGAUCAGAAAGUGGUUGCAUGGAAGUAAAGAGCAGGAAAAACAUGUGCUCAGAAUAGCGACACCUGCAUUAGAAGAAUACAGAAGAGCAAAGCAGCUCAAAGAUUUGUUAACGGAGUUCGCAAGUCACCAGAAGUGCCUCUUUCAGACAUUAUCUAAGAAAGAGAACGAGAUCAAGCAGCAUUUUUCCUCUGCAAUGUAACUGUUUUGACUCAUAUGGAAGCACUUCAGGUUGAGGUAAGUAGACAGAAACACCAUAGUUUCUCUCAUUUUGUUAGGGUGGUUUUGAGUUGCUGUUGAUAUAGUACCCAAGUGUAUAGGGUAGGGAUGCCCUUUAUAGGCACAUUCUCAUAUGAUCGUCGUGUAGAAAUGUUCUUUUCAUCCCAAGGCUCUUUCUGCUCUUGUCAAAUAUGAUCCUCGAUAUUUUGAACACUUUGUCUUAGAGAAACUAAUUCCUUCAACACUCUCAUCCGAUCUAUGCUUGCGUCAUGGUGCAACUUUAGCCGCCGGGGAAGUUGCACUAGCCCUGCAUCAAUGUCAAUAUACUCUAACGACAGGUUGGUGAUCUGACUUGUCUGAUAAGAAGUUGUAUCUUACAAGAGAUUCAUUCCUUCAGAAUUUAAAUGACCUUAUAUCAUCAAAAUAUCCGAGCAAUUAGGUGGGAUGUUUGUUUCAAAGCUCAAAGCAGUUGUAUUUUCAAGGGCCCUUUAGUUUUUAAUAUGAUGGGUAUGGAAUGUUCUUUCCUGAAGAAAUGCAUAUUCAAUAUCAAGUGGAGAUAUGGAACUGAUAUGCUUUAUUCAGACACAAUGAUGAACAUGAUUCUUACCUUGAGACUUAAAAGCUGCCUAAUGGAAAUAGUUGUAUUUUCUCCUGCCCUUCUUUAGUUUUUAAUAUGAUGGGUAUGAAAUGUUCUUUUCCUGAAGAAAUGCAUAUUCAAUAUCAAGUGGAGAUAUGGAACUGAAAUGCUUGAUUCAGACACAAUGAUGAACAUGAUUCUUACCUUGAGACUUAAUAGCUGCCUAAUAGAAAUAGUUGAAUAGACUACUAAUAUGUGUUACAUCUUAUGUGUUGGGCGUAGUCGCAUAAUUGAGUUCCUUCACUUGGAGCUUAUCAAAUGUCAACAAGUGGAGGACCAAUUUUUUUUAAGAAAGAGGGAAGGUUAGGGAGGCAAUUGGUGUUCUGUCAAUCAACGAUGUCGAGGUGGAUGAACCUUCUACAAGUUACAAGUGAUCUUCUCUUUGCGGGUUGAAUUUAGAAUGUGCAACUAGAGAAAAUCA